CGCGGCGGCGGCGGCGGCGGCGGCGACGGCGGCGGCGUGGUGCUGUUGGAGGAAUCUGGCGGAACUCGAGGCGGUGGCGCCAUGGAGUCAGUGGAAGAAAAUGGAAGUGUCCAAGUUGGAGAAUUGUUACCUUGCAAGAUUUGUGGAAGAACAUUCUUUCCAGUGGCAUUAAAAAAACACGGACCUAUUUGCCAGAAAACUGCCACUAAAAAACGGAAGACUUUUGAUUCAAGCAGACAAAGAGCUGAAGGAACUGAUAUUCCAACAGUAAAACCUCUUAAACCUAGGCCUGAACCACCAAAGAAGCCAUCUAAUUGGAGGAGGAAGCACGAAGAGUUCAUAGCCACCAUAAGAGCAGCUAAAGGCCUUGGUCAGGCCCUUAAAGAGGGUGGCAAACUUCCUCCCCCUCCUCCACCUUCUUAUGAUCCUGAUUAUAUUCAGUGUCCAUAUUGCCAGAGGAGAUUUAAUGAAAAUGCAGCUGAUAGACAUAUAAAUUUCUGUAAAGAACAGGCAGCACGUAUUAGUAAUAAAGGCAAAUUUUCUACUGAUACCAAAGGAAAAUCAACUUCUCGGACACAGUAUAAGCCUCCUGCACUCAAAAAGUACAAUUCUCCUGGAGCCACCUCAUCAGGAUCUUCACGAUUACCACAGCCAAGUGGCACUAGCAAAACUGUUGUAGGUAAAGUGUCUUCAGUUAGCAGCUCUUUGGGAAACAAACUUCAGACCUUGUCUCCCUCCCAUAAAGGGAUAGCAGUCCCUCAUGUAGGAGCUAACAUCAAACCUCGAAAUUCCACACCACCUAGUUUGGCUAGAACUCCUGCCUCAAGUAUGCUUGCAAGCAAAAGAAAAACAUAUACUGAGAGUUACAUGGCCAGGCCAGAUGGAGACUAUGUCUCUUCACUUAAUGGUGGAAACAUUAAAGGCAUUGAAGGAAACUCAGUGGGACACUUACCAAAAUUCUGCCAUGAGUGUGGGACUAAAUACCCUGUAGAAUGGGCAAAGUUCUGCUGUGAAUGUGGCGUUCGAAGAAUGAUUCUGUGAACAGAAUCCAAAAAGAGAAAGAGCUAAGUCCAGAAUUUUAUGACUGUUGAUGCUUGGACAUCUAGAGCACUUCCUCUAGUGAUCUUGUGCGAAAAUCAUUCAUAAUACUUUUUUCAACAGUUUUUGGAGCAUAAUCCUUUGGCUGUGUAAUGUGUGUGUGUAUGUAUGUGUGUGUACAUAUACUGUAUAUAAUAAAUACCUGACAACCUAAACUGUGCCAUACAAGGAGAUAUUCACUUAUCAGUCAGAAAAUAAUUUCAAGUGGAAUCAUUAACUUAGGUAUUACUUUUCUGUUGUUGUUAAAGCACAUUAAACAUACCUCCACAAACUCUCAAACACUAGUGCUUAGCCCUUUAAGCUUUAGGAUGAUCAUUACUUUGAGCAAAAAAUCAGAAUAAACAUUUUUAUUAUUGGUGCCUAUUUUCAGAUAGUAUCAUUUAGGCUGGGAUGCUUGGAAUUUUGGAACUGAAGAGAAUAUUUUUAGUUACACUUAGUUAUGUGAGGUCAUUUUUCUGUAGAGCUCUUUCAUAAUUAAUUUUAUAAAUAUUUUUUAGAAAGAGAGGGGAAAAAAACCCCUAUGGUCUCUGUUGCCCUUUACUCGGUGUAUUAUUGAUUAUAUAAUUUAGAGGUCUUUACUCAAUUCUUUAAACUGUAAUUAUGCAAUUUUUUUUCAGAGAUACAGGCUGAAAAUACAGAUGUAUCUUAUUCUAGUUAUAGCUGAAUGAGUUUUUAACUCAGUGUGUAUUAGUUGAACAUAUAUUCUUUCUACUGCUAAUUGUCUUCAAAUUUCACUUUUUUUCCU